ACUCCCUUUUUUUGGUAAAUAGUACGUGCUUCCUUUGUUUAGUAAAUGACCAAAAUUAUUUGAGAUAAACUUAGUACACCUUCGUACAGCAGUAAAGGAACUCCCGAACGAAAAAAAAGUAUCGCAAGAUAUCGCGAGAUUCUAGACGUUUCCUUAGGUAGUGCCCCGUACGGAGCUAGCAAAUUAGCUAGCUAGUUAAAAAAACAAAACAAAAAAAACAACCAAGCUGUCUUCUUAGCUUGUUUAUCGACUGUAACUGGUUGGUAACUAUCACGUUCCGUCCCACACGGAGAUUGCUAUUAUUUCAUCAUAAUUUAUUUUUCUUUAAAGGUAUUGUCAUUUUCCGUAAAGGCUAGGGUUUAUGCGUUUUAGGGCGCGAGCUAACUCUUCGGUAACAGCCUUUAAAGAAGUGCGCGCGAUUCAUUGAGCUUCGCGAGAUGUGCUACAGGGUUAGCAAACGUUAGCUGGUUGAUUUUCAUAUAUUGCUGUUAAAGUGUGGUUCGUUAAAAGCUGUCGGGUUUAAGUGGGCUUUAACGUGGCUAAUAGCAGGGAGGGGGAAUGCUGUGGUGGCAAGUUUGACAGGAGUGUUAGGCUUGGUGUACAUCGAGAACAGAUCUAAUAUCUGUGUUCAUAUUCACUCCAGGCUCUUCAUGUGUCUGCACGCGCUGACCCUUUAGCUAGGAGACUGGUUUAGAGUAAGCAAAACAGUUAGCUAGCACACCUAGCUAGCACGCGACUGAAGCAGGCGUCUUCCUGGAGCACCUGUUUAACUCGACCUGAGCUAAAAACGCUAUUCCUCCGAUCUCUCAUUUACCGUCGAGACAACGCGAGCUUACGGGAUCAUGUGGAUCUAGAGAGGUGAUGCUUGUAAAGGAUUGAGGAAAGAUUGUCAAGUUGAACAUGGCUCCUAAAAAAAGACCAGUCCCUUUAAUCAUAGGCGGCAGUGGAGAAGCUCAGAGCACAGCUUCAAACCUAGGGGCUACUUCAGAGGCCUAUCUUGAGACCCUGCAGAAGAAAUUAGGGGAGCUGGACUUGGAUGAACAGCAGAGGAAGCGCUUGGAGGCUUUCCUCACGCAGAAAGCUAAAGUGGGAGAGCUAAAGGAUGAUGACUUUCAGCAUAUAUGUGAGCUGGGUGCAGGAAACGGUGGUGUGGUUAAUAAAGUCUGCCACAAGCCUUCUCGACUGAUCAUGGCCAGAAAGCUCAUUCAUCUUGAGAUCAAACCAGCAAUCAGGAACCAGAUCAUUAGAGAAUUGCAGGUCCUGCAUGAAUGCAACUCUCCCUAUAUAGUGGGCUUUUACGGUGCUUUCUACAGCGACGGAGAGAUCAGUAUCUGUAUGGAGCACAUGGAUGGAGGUUCUCUGGAUCAGGUACUGAAAGAGGCUCGGAGAAUUCCAGAGGAAAUUCUGGGGAAAGUCAGUAUAGCUGUGUUAAGAGGUCUUGCCUACCUUCGAGAAAAACAUCAGAUCAUGCACAGAGAUGUCAAGCCAUCAAACAUACUGGUGAACUCAAGAGGGGAGAUCAAGUUGUGUGAUUUUGGAGUCAGUGGUCAGCUUAUCGACUCCAUGGCCAACUCUUUUGUAGGCACAAGGUCAUAUAUGUCUCCGGAGAGACUGCAGGGGACUCAUUAUUCAGUGCAGUCAGAUGUGUGGAGCAUGGGACUGUCUCUGGUGGAGCUCUCCAUUGGGCGCUACCCCAUCCCUCCCCCUGAUGCCAAGGAACUGGAGGCCCUUUUUGGCAGACCUGUAGCAGAGGGGGAACCGCAGAGCACCGCCCCACGUCCCAGACCUCCAGGGAGGCCAGUCAGUGGACACGGCCCUGUCAUGGCUAUAUUUGAGCUGCUGGACUACAUAGUCAAUGAGCCUCCACCUAAACUGCCUCAUGGAGUCUUCACUGCAGAUUUCCAGGACUUUGUGACCAAAUGUCUAAUCAAAAAUCCUGCAGAUCGAGCGGACCUGAAGAUGCUAAUGAACCACACGUUCAUUAAACGCUCAGAGGUAGAAGAGGUCGACUUUGCAGGCUGGUUGUGUAAAACAAUGGGGCUCAACCAACCCAGCACACCGACCCGGACGACUGAAUAACUGAACGAGACAAAUGCCCUGUUUCUUAAAGAAAUGUUCCAGCAUGUUUUAACCUAAUAUCUGUCUACCAGAUCUGCAGCAUAUGAUUGAUUGCCACAAACGGAUAGAUCGCAGUUCAAAGAAUAUCCAGUAUGAAAGAAAUACUUGCAUAUUAAAAUUUUAUAUUUAGCAUAAUUUUCAGUGGCGUCCAAGAGUCUAAAUGUAGAUUUCUAUUAUUAUUAUUAUUUUGUUAAUGUCAGUGUUAUUUACCUCUUGCAUCAUCUCUAGUGAUACCACAGCGAUUUAUUCCUUUAGCGUUCUCACCUCUUCAUCUGUUCAAACAUAUCAACUCCAUCCUUAAUGCUGAUACCACCAUCCCGGUCAAGCCAAGCCAAGCCGUGUGUGUGUGUGUGUGUAGCUGCAUUGCAUUCUGUAGCUUUAAUUCCAACGUUUGCUUUCUUCCCAACUUUGGAUUUAGGAAUAAUCUGUGGUUAUGUAUUACGUUAUCAACUUUGUUGAAAUGACACAAGACCUUUAUGGUCUCAUCCCAACCCUUUUAUUGCUAGAGUGUGAUUGUGUAGUGAUACAUUUGCAUUAUAUAGAUGAGAUAUUUGACAUUUUUCUCUGAUCUAUAAGUAGGCUUUAGGUCAACGGAUUUUCUGUUCUCUUUUCAUAGUGUGGAAAUUCUCAGCGGCGCAUGGCCGUGGCACACGUGUACAGAUACGGUGGAUAGUGAUUAGGUUACUAUUGCUGGAGUUUUUCCUUAAACACACUUUUUUUUUUUUUUUUUUUUUGGCACACAGGACCUAUUUCCAGAGCAGUCUGUGUAGCAAAAGAAAAAAGAAGAAUUAUACGUUCACAUUUACAUAUAUGCAUGCAUGCAGGCACACAUCAGUUAAAGGCGUCUCAGGUGAAUCUUAUAUUAAGUUAAUAAUUGUAUAGAUAUGUCUUUAUCUGGACCUAGAUCACGUGCUAUCGUUUAAUAUAUAAAGUAUAUGGACAAAAUGUUCACCUCAAGAACGUGGUCGUGAUGAUUUCAGACCUGUUUACGUAAAGGAGAAACGAUGUACAUGGCUUAAUGCCUCUGUCUCAAUAAAACUCUAUUGUGAAUGUA